AUGGCGCAAAGAAAUAAUAUUUUUGAAUUGGUUUUCAAAGAAAUCGAUAUUAAUGAUCAAAUUCAAGUAAUAGAUAGUUUUAAAAAUCAAUUUAAAGGCAAUGAAAUAAAAUUAAAUUUAAUGAAAGAUUUUAUAAAAAAAUCUAAAAGUAGAAGAAAUAGUUUAGGAGGUGGAAUAUCAAGUCAUUUGAAGACCAUGUUUAAAAAACAAUCCUUUAAAUCAAUUAAAUCAAGUAUUCUUUACAAUCAAUAUCUUGUUUUUAGAAUGAUCAUCGAAUUUAAUUUUUAUUAUCAAAGAAUUUAUUUCAAAGAGUAUUGUGAAACCAAUGGUUUAAAUAUUUCAAAAUAUUCACCAAAAUUGGAUAAUAUUCAUUCAAGAUUAGGUGGAACAAAGAGACUAUUGACAAGAGAUCCAAGUGAAUUUUCAAAACCAAUUGAAAUCAUUGAUGGUGCUAUUCAUUUAGAAAUCCCUAAUUUUUCUCUUCCUUUCGAAGGUGGAAAUAUUAUCAUGUCCAUUAAAAAUCUACGUGAAGAGGUUACAAUAUUAAAAAAAACCUCAUUGGGUACUGGUGUUUUAGAAAUGGUACCAAAGGUUACAAAAAUCACACAAACGCAAUCAAAAUCACCAAACACUUUAACCAAUAAUAACAACAACAAUAAUAAUAAUAAUAAUAAUAAUAAUAAUAAUAAUAAUAAUAAUAAUAAUGAAAAUAAUGAUGAAAUUACAAUUUUCAACAACAUUUACAAAGAAUUUAAUGAAAAUAGAAACGAAAGUAGAAAAAAUAUUGGUGAUGAUUACCCAAUAAAACUAUUAGAGGUUUUUAAAAAAGAAAAGCCAACUGAAGAAGGAUAUUAUAGUAAUGAUUUUAAACAUAAUAUAUUAAAUAUGGCAUAUUAUUCAAGGAAUUUUAUACCAGAUCCUAAUUCAAAUAAUCAAAUUCCAAAACAUCAAAAAAUUGUAAACCAUGAUCUUGAAAUCAUAUACAACAAAAUUAAAUGCAAAAGAGUUAGUAAAAAGGAAAAUAGUUUUAAUAGAUUGGAAAUGUUUUUAUCAAAUAAAUUUAAGGAUUCAUCUAUUCAACUCUAUGGUUCAUUUUUAACUGGAUUAUCAUUAGAGGGUAGUGAUUUAGAUGUUAAUUUCAAAAUCAAUCAAAAUGAAAAUCAAGUAACUCAUUUAGAGGUGGUUUCCAAAUAUUUAGAGUCAACAAAGUUAUACACAAUCAUUGAAAAGAGAUUAAGUGCAACUGUACCAAUAAUUAGGUUUGUAGAGAAAUCAUCAAAGUAUCAUUUCGAUAUGAGUUUCAAUUCAUCAAAGGCUUAUUUUAAUUCAUUAUUAUUGAAAGAAUAUUGUUCCAUAGAUAAUAGAUGUAUCAUUCUAUCAUUAUUGGUUAAAUGGUGA